GAAACCCAGUUUCUCUUCUCAUGAGAUUAUUGUAGGCAUACAGUUUAUUUGUUCUGAGGGUAAUAUUUCAUAUGUGACUCCAUUCUUUCUUUCUUUCUUUUUCGAAUUACUAGUUUACACACAAUGCUUCGCAGAGUACCGCUACUGUUUGCAAUGCGGCCCUCUGAGGCCUAUCGUCAGCUUGUUGCGAAAGGCGACAUAACAGUCGAUCAAAGCCAAGUAAAUGCUCUGCCUGUGUUUGACCGCUUGUACGGCGACCUGGUAAAAUACGCCAAGGACAACAAGCGCAACGCGGUGCCAAAAAGGCAAGUUGAAUUGCGCCCUCCAAACCGACUGGGUCUCGUCCCUUCUUUUUUCCUGCGCCGCGAACAAGAAAAGAAGGUGGAGCAAGCGCUUAACGAAGAUGAAAACGCUGUAUAUCAUCCACUGUCGCGCGUGAAAGGCUUGUACGUUUGGGGAGGCGUGGGCUGCGGGAAAACCAUGCUGAUGGAUUUGCUGUUCGACAACGUGCCUCCGGAAAUUCGCAAGCGGCGCCUUCACUUUCAUCAAUUUAUGCUUGAUGUGCAAAAAACAUCUAAUUCAAUUCGGUUCAAGUCAAAGGAGGAGAUGCUGAAUCCUGCGAAUCGCACGAACAUGGUCAGCUACAAUACCAGCGACAACCGCCGCCGCACUCCAGACGCUGAAAUCAACCUUUUCGAUGAAGUUGCGCAGCGGAUGAUUAGCGACGUUGAGCUACUGUGCUUUGACGAGGUUGCUGUCUCCGAUGUUGCCCAUGCCAUGAUACUUAAGCGAUUAUUUCACUCUUUCUACAAAAUAGGUCUGGUGGUGAUUUUUACGUCAAAUCGACCACCCAGCGAUCUGUACAAAGGUGGGCUUAACCGUGGCGGUUUUCUUCCUUUUAUUGAUCUGGUAAACAAGCAGUGCUUUACUUACCAUAUGAAGAGCAACGUUGAUCACCGACUGCUCGGCCACCAGGCGGAUUCGUACAUUUCACCCAUGAACAGUGAAAACGAAACCAAGUUUGAAAAGCUCUUCCUGGAAAUUUGUAAAGGGAUGCCUGCAGAGCCGAGGAAACUGGAAGUGUUUGGACGUGAUGUGGUAGUACCGAAAGCUUGCGGCGGCGUCUGCUACUUCUACUUUCAUGAGUUAUGUGGUGGUGAAAAGUCGACUGCAGACUACGAUGUUAUCGCGAAGACUUUUCACACUGUUUUCAUCAACGGUGUGCCGCAAUUCCCGUACGAGAACAACGACGUGAAGAACCGUUUUUUACUUCUCGUCGACACACUCUACGAGCAUAAGUGCAAACUCGUCAUCUACGCGGCGGUGGAACCUGCUCAGCUCCAAGCGCCAAAGGAAGAGUCCGCGGGGUAUGUCGAGGGUGGGGCAGCGCGCUUUGACAGUCUCUCAGAGUUUGAGCGUGAGAGCGGCAAGAUGCUCAUGGAUGCUGACGACAGCUCUUUCCAGAUGGAUCGUUGUGUUUCCCGCUUGGUUGAAAUGCGAUCAAAGGAAUACCUGGAGGCACCGCAUCAGCAAGAGGAUGUGGACCUGUCGACAAGGUGA